UAUGACCAUUUUGGUGUGGAUUCGUUCCUUGAACUGUAACAGAUCGUCUUUUUCGAGGUGGAAAUAACGCCAUUCUUUGUGUUUUGGUUGUACAAUAAUUAAUUAGUAAGGUAGUACUGGGUGGAAUUCAUUGAAAAGAGUGUGACCAUAAAAAAACCAAGAUGUUUAUUGUAAAUUGGUUCACAGAUUUUCUUAGUUAUGUUGGUCUAUGGAAGAAAAGUGGCAAGCUUGUAUUUCUUGGUCUAGACAAUGCUGGGAAGACGACGUUACUACACAUGCUGAAGGAUGGCAGGAUGGCACAGCAUGUUCCAACGUUACAUCCAACAUCAGAAUCGCUUAGUAUGGGAUCGAUAUCAUUCACAACCUUUGACCUCGGAGGUCACUCCCAGGCACGUCGAGUGUGGAAGGACUACCUACCAGCGAUUGACGGAAUCGUUUUCCUCAUAGACGCAGCAGAUCCUCAAAGAUUCGCAGAGGCCAAAGCAGAACUUGAUGGUCUCAUGACGGAUGAGAUGGUCGCUAACGCUCCCAUCGUGAUUCUGGGGAACAAAAUUGACAUGCCCACAGCUUGCAGUGAAGACCAUAUAAGGAAUUGUUUCGGACUUAUUCAACAGACAACAGGGAAGGGAAAUGUACCACAAAGAGAUUUGCCAGGGCGCCCUCUGGAGUUGUUCAUGUGCAGCGUUUUGAAGCAACAAGGUUACGGCGACGCCUUCAAAUGGUUGGCGCAGUACAUAUAACACGCGGAUCUAGGAUUUAAGUAGUGGAUUUUGUAAGUUAACCAAUAAACUGUAUGAACGGUAACAACCAGCGUGACCAUAAUUGGAGACUGUGCUUUGAUGCUCGAUGCUUCCGACAACUGUAGGUCUCCUGAUUUCCCUGACAGCAACGUCGACUGGAUCGGAGGGUCAACUUUAAAAACGGAACCAAGCUAAACAGUCUCUGUAUUCUGAUCAAAAGGUGCGGAUUAUUUACAAAAAAGACUGACUGAAUAAUUAUAUUUUAAAAAGCAAGAGGAGUGGCGGAAGGAAGAUGAUGUUCAACAAAUUGGACAGUGGCGAUCAACGAGUUUCCUGGAAAUAAUUUUGAAUUGCCUGAUAAUUUCACCUCCCCCCCCCCUUAAAUUAUCUCUUCGUGUAACUUCAGACGGCGGGGAUAACUUUCACACCAAUCAUUUUAAUCGUCGUCUUGACUGCUUCUUGGCCUUAAAUGCACUGCUCCGAUCCUACCUUUUUUUAAAGCAAAUCCGCUACAGAGAUUUCGCACGUCGGAUACGAAUGUCUAAAUGGAAGGUAACCCCGCCAGGGGCAAGUCUGCAUGAUGACACUUAACAUGAAAAGUGCUUCCUUUGUUCAACUUGAAGUGAUCCCCUAUGAAGGCUUUGGAUAGUUAUCGACUUCUGAGCGGCCAUCUAAUUUGAACCAAUCGCUACUUCUUCAGAAAGAAAAUAAUAAUCAUGUCGCCGUGCUAUCUCCUGAGGAAUUGAUACAAGAAAAACGGCAGCAUCUCAUUAACACUCUAACAUUUGUUGUCUAACAACACACUUCCUCCCUCUCUUUCUAGAAGUAUGAGUUUCAAAACCAAAUUUUAGUGGAUGGAAAGAUUUAACAGAGUAACAACGACGCCAGAUGUGUGAUCAUUAUUUUGUAGUUCCGAUUAAAUAUAUCCGAGCUGGAUUCUAUUUAUACUGCAGAUAUAUAUGAAUAUCGACAUUGUCAGUUAAGAAUUAGACAUAAUUUUUUUGCUAAAAAUGUGAAAAGCAACUUUCUUAUGGAUUCUUAUUUUUACAGUACAUUGUAUCACUGUUGGUUUUUGAUUGUUGGUAACAUGCAUCUGCAAAACUAGCUGCAGGCUUUGAAAUAAACCACAGCACCCACAGCGAUUGCAGUGGUGCCCUGUGCUUUUGUUUUGGUUUAUUUUGGUGCCCUUUGCAAAGAUCUAACACAAAUUAAAAUUGUCCUCAAAAAAGUGCCCCUUACAUGUACCUGAGUAAAAUUGCUGUGCCCCUUACAGAGCAUUAUUUCAAGGCAUGUAGCUGGGAUGAAUAAUAAUAAAAAAUAUGUAUGGUGUAGUUUGACAGUAAACACCUCUGCCAAACCACAGAAAAGUUGCACUCAAUAGGAGAAAAAAAAGCUUCGAACAGCAGAUACAGUUUACCAGCCAAAAUUGCAUGUAGUGUUAAAUUUUGACUGGUACCCUGCAGUUUUUAUCAGUGAAGAUGUUUUUGUUUUGUUUUGGGGGAAGUGUUUUAAAUUUCGGCAUACAUGUAGGCUCUUACUAAAACUGGGCCACUCGGCCAAAUAUUGUUAACAAUAACAGUGAACUCAUAAUAUUUGUACGUCUUUCGUUUUGUAUGUGGUGUUCUAUGCACUCUGUUUAUCAGUGAAAAGUUCAGCAUUUGUCAUAUUAUCUUAUUUACAAUCAACUUGAUUUUUUGGAAGCAUCUGAAUCUCAAUUGUCCCCAUUCUAUCUUUAUCCCGUACUUGGUACAAAGACAAACUUUUGGUAAAGUUGCAUCAAAGUUCAACCUGUGUACAACUAAUACUCGAAAGCGUGAAACAAUGUUCACCAAGGUCAAGUAGGACAUUUUAUCAAAAUAUGUUUACUUUGACCUCCUUCACACCCAAAUGUGGAAGUUUGCAAACUGUUUGACUAACCACCAUUCGCAAGAAUCAUGUUAGUGCUAAAGAUAACAUAAACUGUAAACAUUUGUUGACCUUAUUAGGAACAACUAGGACAGUCAUGUCAACAGGAAGAAACAUCGCUUUGACCUUUAACCCUCAUGAUGUAACAGCUUUAAGAAUUUGGGACCAGGGCCUAAUUUCAUAGCGCUGCUUAACGGUAAGCAAAUUUGCGUGCUUACUGUAGCAGAGAAUUGGGCGGCC